AUGUUCAUUCUGCUACAGCUACAGACAGCCAACCCGUUCGUCUGUUUGCAGAUCCCAGGUCUUUCCGCAAUGUUUCUUUUGUUCACUGGGAUCGAUUCGACUCCUCUCAUUACCAACAUUAUUUCCGUUUUACUCAUUUUAUAUCCCGUUUUCAAUCCGAUUAUUAUCAUAGCAUUCUUGAAAGAGUAUCGAGAUUUUGCUUUGAGUAAAUUGAAAUUGAAGAGGUACUUGAAAAAGCCUCGUCUUAAUUUCAAAAAUAACUCCACCAGACCUAUUGCGACUUCCUCGCAAACAGUUGUUAUUUGA